CGGAUAAAUGUGACAAAUAAAAACACAAAGCCUUGUAACAGUUCCACCUUCCCUCCUGUUGGUUUGUGUUUGGAUCAGAACCUUAUUAGAUCGGGAAUCCCAACUCAUGUCAUCUGGUAGAUCAGUCUGAGAAACCCGUUUCCCAGCCAGCUUCCCUGGAUCAACACUUCCCCUCAGAGCACGCUUAUGCUUUGAUGCAUUCAGCCCCUUAAUCUCUUUGGUCUGAGGAGUGAAAUCUGCUUUUCUCUGCUGUCAGGAGCCAGAAGAUUAGCUCUGUACUACCAAGGCGAGUGGACUCAUUACCGUCAGUUUACCAUGAGGGAACGCUCUGAUGGGUUUGGAAAUCUGUGAGGGAAGUGGUUUUCUUUGGAUGAUGUGAAACGUUGACAGGAUUUGUUUGGCUACAGUUCUUGUGAUUGUUCCAUCUGCUGGAGGAAGUACCAGCGAUGGGUUUGUGACUUCAGCACGGCGUUGCUCCUGCCCAAUGAUGUUUGACAUUAUGGGUCAAACUCAGGGCACCGCAGGAACAGAAGUGACUUCAGAAAGCAUUCAGGAACUUUAUCGUAAGUUUACAAGCGAGUGUCCGAGUGGAAAUCUGCACCUGCACGAAUUCAAGAAGUUCUUUGGAGUAAACAGCAAAUCAGCCGAGGAGGAGUUGGCGUACGCCGAAAUCGUCUUCCGAUCCUUCGAUACGAACAAGGAUGGUCAACUAGAUUUCAUAGAGUUUGUGGCGGCUGUCAAUCUCAUUUUUCGCGGGAAACUCAUCGACAAACUGAAAUGGUCUUUUAAAGUUUACGACAAGGACGGAAACGGAUCCCUGACCAAACAGGAGGUCAAACAUGUUGUCAGCAUCAUCACAAAGAUAAAGAGACAAAACGCUUCGCAAGAUGCAGAAAACGUCGACGGCAUCUGUAACCGAAUAUUUGAGCUGGCGGACAAAAACCACGACAGUGAGAUUUGUCUGGAGGAAUUCAUCGAGGGAGCAGAAAAGGACCCGUGGCUCAUGGAGCAGCUCAGGCUGGACAUUGCUCCCACUAACUGGUUCAUCAGUCAUCAUAAUAAGAAGUCCUGAUGGACAACCGCUGAUGUUCCGCCUCACUGUCCAAGAAGAACCUCAUCUCCUCAGCAGGAGGAGUACUAUGACUGCUCCUCCUGUUGAGGUGGUGAUCCCCGCUCCUAGUCGCCUUCCUCUGGAGGUUGUCUGUGUCCCACUGAGAGGAGACCAACCCAAAACUCCUCUCUGGUUCCCUCCUGCACCUGCUACCUCAGCU